AUGAGCCGUCCACAGGAUCCACACCGACCCUUUUUCCCCUUGGGAAAUCCUUUCCGGAGGAUAUUGCCAAAGGGCUUGCAGAUGUCUCCAAGGCUUAUUUCUAUACUGAACAGUUUUGAGGAAACCUUAGCAGAGAGGCUAAGAAAACUUAUUCCAGAAGACCAGGGUGAUGUUCUGAGUCUGACAUGGAUGAAAUUAGCCAUGGAAUCCCUCUGUGAGACUCAUACUGACAUGAAGACCCUCAUCACCGAUCUCGAUCUUCCAGUCACUGGCUGGGAUCAGAAUUGGAUCGAUGUCUAUUUGGACGACAGUAUGAGGUUGCUCGAUACUUGCAUUGCUCUAAGUUCUGAGAUCUCAAGGCUUAACCAAGGCCAUCUCUUACUUCAGUGUGCCUUGCAUAAUUUGGAAUCUGGGACCCCCGAGUGUUGUAUGAAGGCACGUUCUGCCCUUGAUAACUGGAGACAUCAUAUUUAUUCAAAGAACCCUAGGGUUCAGAGCUGCAGGUCCAUCUUAGACAGUCUUGUCGAGGCAUUGAAUCUUCCCAAGGUUAAGAAUUCCUCCAAGGGAAAGGUCCUGUUGCAUGCCAUUUAUGGUGUCAAGGCGGUGACGAUAUUUGUGUGCAGUGUAUUUGCUUCUGCCUUUUCCAGCUCGUCAAAGAAUCUCUUGGAUUUGGCUAUCCCAGAUACAGUCUUGUGGGCUCGGGCUUUUUCAGAUUUGCAAACAAGAGUGAGUGGGGAAAUCAGAGAGUUAUUCCCAUCUGAGAAAUCUACUGGCCUGAAAGAGCUGGAUUCUGUUGAUUCUAUUGUGAAGACUCUGUAUCCUGCGAUUCGAGAUAGGUUGCAGCAACCUCCUGGGGUGGAGGAGGAAGCCUUGAAGAUUUGCUUCACUGAUUUGCAGGGUGGAGCUGAGAAGCUAUCGGAAGGCCUGGACCUCCUUGCUAAACAAGUGGAUACCUUCUUUGAAACAGUGUUAAGUGGUCGUGAAGCCUUGCUUUGUAAUCUAAGAGUUACGAGUAGUGAUAUGAAUGCUGUGACGGGUGGUAAAAUAUGGGAGCAGCAAGCUGUUAGAUGA